AACAAGUAAAAGACACACCACCCAAAAGUGAAAAGAAUCAAAGGAACAAAAGAGAGAAGCAGAGAGGAGAUGAACAGUAUCUUCUCCAUAGACGAUUUCUCCGAUCCCUUUUGGGAAUCAUCUCCGCCUUUCGAUUCGGACUCGGCCAAGGUCGUCACGGCGGAUGAAUGGACCGUCGAGAUGUUUCUCGAAGAGAUCGCUUCCUCUGUGAGCUCGGAGCCUGUCGGAAACAACAACGAGAAGAACAACAACGCGAUCGUCGGUGUCUCGUCGGCGCAGUCUCUUCCUUCCGUCUCCGGACAGAACGAUUUCGAAGAAGACAGUCGGUUUCGCCGCGAUUCCGAUGAGUACCGUCGCGUUCUUGAGAACAAGCUCGAGACUGAGUGUGCUACUGUUGUAGCUCUUAGGGGUGGUUCUGUGAAGCCUGAAGAUUCGACUGGUUCUCCUGAAACUCUGUUUCAACCAGCUCAGUCUAGUCCUCUUACUCAAGGUUCUUUGGUGACGCCUGGAGAAGUUGGUGUCACUUCUUCGUUACUGGCUGAGGUGAAAAAAUCUGGUGUACCGAUCAAGCAGGUUACUAGUGGAUCAUCGAGAGAUUAUUCUGAUGAUGAUGACCUUGAUGAAGAGAAUGAGACCACUGGUUCCUUGAAACCAGAGGACGUUAAAAAAUCUAGGAGGAUGCUGUCAAAUCGAGAGUCUGCUAGGCGGUCUAGAAGGAGAAAGCAGGAGCAAACAUGUGAUCUUGAGACACAGGUUAAUGAGCUAAAAGGCGAACAUUCAUCACUUCUCAAGCAACUGAGCAACAUGAAUCACAAGUAUGAUGACGCUGCUGUUGGCAAUAGAAUACUAAAAGCCGACAUCGAGACAUUAAGAGCUAAGGUGAAAAUGGCGGAAGAGACCGUUAAGAGAGUAACAGGAAUGAAUCCUAUGCUUCUCGGCAGAUCAAAUGGACAUAGCAACAACAAUAGAAUGCCAUUAACUGGUAACAGCAGGAUGGCUUCUUCAUGCCUUCCACCUUUUCAGCCACAAUCAAACCUAAACAUGGGGGGACUACCAACCAUUCCAUCUCCAAGACUCGAAAACAGUUUCAUUCCUACCCCUUCCUUAAACUCCCAAACUAACUCUCAUUUGCAGAGAAUAAGAAACACUCAAACUCACCAUCCUGCUCCAACCACUAACCCCUAUGGCUGGACUACUGAAACUCAGAACGAUUCAGCAUGGCCGAAAAAAUGUGUGGACUGAUGAAACAAGAAGCGGGCUUUUUAUACACUUAAUAUUGAUAUAUCUAUGCAUCUCUCAUUUGUAAAUUUAACCAUGAGAAAAAACAUUUGUGAGAACAGUCUCAUGGCUUGCUUAUACAGUCUGUCUUGGACCAUUACAAGACUAUUAAUAAGAGAACCUGUCUUUCUAUUUA